CUCCACGAACUUGAAAUAAGAACAAAAAAAUGAGCAGGCCAUCAUUCAGCUUUUGAACACAGUAGGUGUAACAAUGCUUAACCCGUGGCUAAUGGUUCUAUCAUUUGCAGUAGGCUAUGUUACAACGCAUAACUCUACAUGGGACAAGUCUUGUUUUGAGCUGAAAACGAGCAAAAGAGCUGACGAUUGCUGCGAUAUUCCCGGAUCGUUCGACGAAGCGCUGCUAAAACGAUGCUACGAUGAACAGAAAGCCUUGAAGAAUGAACAAGAAGCUAUUAAGUGUAUAGCGGAGUGUGUGGCUCGAGAACUGGGUGCCUACAAAAAUCACACUUUGAUUAGGGAAAAUUCCCGGCUGGUGUUCGAGAGCACAAUAGGAAGCGAUCCCAACUUUAGACCUGUCCUAGGAGACGUCUUCGAAAAAUGCUUAAAUCGGAUCACUGCAAUCGAGGCACAGGAAACCUACAAAAAUGCCACGUGCCACUUUGCGCCUGCUUUUAUGCUAGACUGUGUGGAGUCGGGUCUGUUCGAGAACUGUCCUGUCAGUAUAUGGAACGAAGGAGUCGGUUGCGAUGAACUUAAGGAAAAACUGGAACAAGGAUGUCCGUUCUUCGCUAUAUCUGAAACUCUUUAAGGUAGAUUUGCGAGAGCUAUGUAUACGAAGUAAUAUAGCUAUACGAACAGAGUAUACGAAAUAAUUUUCAUAAAAUACACCAAUGACA